AAAUUUUGGCCAUUUCGUUAUUGUAAAAUCCAUCCUGUUUUGUUCUGAUCAAAGUUGAGUUUUAUUCUAAAAUUGUGUAUCACAUUUUAAUUUUCAAUUAAUUGUCCAGUUAACUAUAAAUUUAGUAAAAGUUUAACAACCACAUUAUUGACUUAUUUCUCAGUUUUGUUUACAUUUAGAAAGUUUGGUUAGUUCGUCAUUAAUAAAAUAUUAAGAUUCUAUUAUUAAUUGAAUUUGGUUAGGAGUUUACUUACUGACGAGUUUUAUUAUUUUUAGGUGUGAGUGAUUCAUUGUGCUCGAGGGAUAAUUGUUGUUAGUUUAUAAAUACAUAAAUAAGAAAAGGCCAUUGAAGUUGAAGAAGAGACGCAUUAUUUAUCAAAUGUUUGUUAAAGUUUAAAUCUUAAUUGUGUUCAAAGUCCAGGCCAGGAGUUGGAUGAGAAGUUAAAUAUUUAACUUGUAACUGGUUUGGAUAAUCUGUGGUUUAAAUUGGAUAGUUCAUUUAAGUUUGUCUUCCUGUCUGGCUGAUUGGGAAUUGGAAUUGGCAGAGCGUCUCGUUUUUUAAGAAAGGGAAGAAAUACGAAAUAUUUUAUUAAAAGGAAGAAAUACGAAUAGAGAAAGGAUACAUUAUGGGGAAUCAGCCGUCUUCCUCCUCUGCGUCGUCAUCCUCUCUCGCCUCGUCCUCCCUCAGAAAGUCAGCAACUUCCAAACCGUCGACGUCAAUUUCGCUGCGAAAACGGUUGGGAAAAUCGUCCUCGUGCGGGUCAGGUUUUGGAACGACGCCAAGUGCUACGUCAUCUUCGGAGGAGGACGUGACCUCCACGACCUCGGGGUCAAAACGGAUUGAGGUCACUGCGCCUGCGCCCCCGUCGUCAGAAGAGAGGAAUACCGCGUUUCAUUAUAAUAUUCACCAGCCGAGUGACCUUUUGGGCGGGUCGGAGAAUCGUCUUCAGGUCAAGAGACACAGCUCCGCGAUGGAUUUUAUCAGUGCGAAAAGUCCGCUGAGAGAGUACUUGAAGGAUAAGUUUAGUUCGAAGGGGAACCAGAAUUUGGAGAAGGUCGAAGCGAUAAGUAGGAUACCGAACAAUGUGGAUAAGUUUGCAAAGCUCUUGGCGCAACACAGCCUCGCCCACGUUCAGAAACCGGGGCGUAUUUCGGAAACUGUGAUUCAGAAAAACGUCCUCCCCCACUCGCCGAUAUUGUGUGACCACUUAUGGAAAUAUUUGGCAAACCAGGGUCCCGAUAAGGGUGACAUUUCGGCAAUAACGGAAAAUGUCUUAGUCUCCGCGGCGGAUAAGAUUUUCCUUCUUCACACGGAUAAAGACCAGCUUACGUUCUACCUCAAGAUGUUUGCCCUGGAGAAGGACGGGUUGGUGGGGAUCGAGUCCUUUUUGGACUUUCUGAUAGCAACGUAUCAACUCGCCACGGUCGGCGAAGGGUCCGAACACACCGUCGCUAUCGGAAUGAAGGGCUACAACGAUUUUGCGGGGAAGGACUUUCUUGAAGCUGUUGUUAAAUCGUGUUACCACAUCAAAUCCGAAAUGUCCGUCUGCUUCUUAACCAACUGGCUCUUGACAAACCUUCCCCGUCUACACGCCCCCCUUCACACCUACCUCAUCCAUCAACUCACCACCGGCCACGCCCAACUCGUCUCCGGCAAUCCGACCAUCCACCUUCCCGGCGGCGGCGGUGUCACUACCGAAUCAUCCUCCCAACCCGAAAUCGCCCUCCAACAACUCCUCGACGCCACAAAAGACGAAGUCGAUCACGGCGACGAUGCCAACAAAAAUAAUAAAAUGGCCCCCAUCCUCGUCUGGCUUUUGAGAUGUUCCUUGCCCCCCAAAUUUCUCGCAAUCUUCGCCAAAAACGCUACCCCACAAGCACCCCCGCCUUCCCCUCAUUCGCCCUACGCCAUGACCUCGGCGCAACUCCUGCUCCAAUUAAUCCACACGAAUAUCCGGAAGGAACGACCCUGCUGGGAUUUACUCUAUAAUUCCGAUCUCGACGGGUUGAGCAUUAAUCGGUUCCAGUUUCACGUGUUUAACUAUCGCGGCCCCACGUGCGCCGUAAUUCGGGCGGAAAACGGGUACAGUUUUGCCAUCUGUGUGGACACCGAGUGGAAAGAGAGUUGUCACUUUUGGGGCGGGGAGGACGCUUUGUUGGUCCAGUUGCAGCCGGAAUUUAGGAUUGUAGAGAGGGGCGCUAAGCUUAUCUAUGUAAAUUUCUCGAUAAGAGGUUACCCCUUCGGGCUACAGGUGGGGAAAGACCCGAGAAACGUGUCCCUCGAUGUGAAACCGGACUUUAGUUAUGCCCACUUUAAAAAGAUGCCGUGCCCCGUGGUCAACCUUUCCGUGUGGGGUUGUGCCCCAAAAACGGCGCAAGCGGCCCAAACCGAGUUUAAGAAAUGGGAAGCCAAGCAAGUUGAGAACAUUAGAAAAGUGAAUAUCAACUCGGCCGAGUGGAAGGAUAAUCCGGACAAGUAUUUACUCGAAUUGGCAGGAAAUUAUAGGAGUUAUGAUCAUUAAAUGCUUAUCGAGAUGGUUAUCAUGAUUUUUUAUGUAUAAAAAAAUGCUUAUUGAAGUAAGGCUGCUCAUCUUAUCUUAAUUAAUGAUAUCGUAAAAUAAUAUUUGUAAAUUUAUGCGCCUCGUUCGCAAAAGAUUUUAUGCAUGACACGAUAAAAAUCAAACUGAAAGUCGUUCAAUCAAGGUCAAUUAAAAACCGUCUGAUGACCUACGUGUGACCUUGACCUCCAUUAAUUAAGCUGAAUUUUUAACUUUUUAACUACAAUUAUUACAUGUAAGUUUGUAUUUAUUCCCAUUUUUGUAAAAGAAAUUUUCUCUACAGUGAAAUGAAUACUUACUUCAAGAUCUCGCUCUCGAGUCUGAAUUACCUAUUAAUCAAAAACGUUAUGACCUGACCUGACUUCAGGAAGGGUCAAUUAUUAUAAUGUCAAACGUCACGAACUUAUUAUUUUCAUGUAAAUAAUUCAAUUUAUAAGGCGAAAAGGGAAAAUAAAUCUGGCCAUGUAUCUAUGUA